GUUACUGGGUCACAGUGAAAGGGAUGGCACGCUGCUUAGCACUCAGCACAUGAUUCUCCGUCAAAAUGAACGAAUAGUGACUUCACAGAGAUGGCCAGUACGGGAAUGUGUUGUGCCAGCCUGGAGGAUCCCAAGGCCUUGAUGAAGAUGGGUCUAAGCAUGGUCCUCAUUGGUCAUGUUAACUUCCUGUUAGGAGCACUGGUGCAUGGUGUGGUGCUCAGACACAUCAACCUCCAUAAGCAGGCCCGAGCCAUGGAGUAUGCCAUCUCCAAUGUAGUUGCUCUCACCUCCGGGCUUGUGGGAAUUGUUGUUGGCAUUUUGGCUAUUGUCCUUUCUAAGAACAAGAAGAGUAGAAGCCUGACAUGGUCACUUUUUACAGUCAGCCUAGCUGCAGCUCUCAUGGCAGCAGCGUCUGCCAUUGGACUCACGGUUUCCGUGGUGAGGGCCAUCGUUCAUGGUGGGCGGAGCCUUCUGACUCACUGCCGCUUCCCCGAUGCCAUUGGCUACUCAAGCAUCACCAAUGAGUGUCCUUUUGACCCCACACGCAUCUAUGGUACUACUCUGGUCCUUUGGGUGCCUCUGAUUGUGACUUGUGUCAUCCAGAUGGUAUUUUGUUCCCGGUCCUUUUCUGCCUGUGUUUCAUUUCUGGGUCUGCCUUGCUGCUAUAGGAGAAGAAAAAUGAAAGACAUCAGCAGAGCGAUCAAUGUUGUUAGGCCGAUGGAGGAGGCACCUCUCGCUCACCAUGCUGAAACUUUAAGAAGCUACGUUGAACCUCCGGCCCGCUAUACAGAACCUCCGAGAAGAUAUCGUGACCCUCCAAGGAGGAAUACUGAACCGCCGAGACAGAAGCAAAGACCUCCUCAGCCUCCAGAGUAUCUUCCUCGUAAGAAUCAGAGUCUCCCCCCCUCGGAGAGGAGGCCUCCUCGGCAGCCACACAGGGCACCAGAGCAUCACCAGCUGCUGGAGAGAGGUACUCUAGAAAGGUCCAGCUUCUGGAUUUAGCCAUGUCUGACAUUCCAGGGCAUCUAAAGACCAGUUAGUUUCAGCUAGUGAUUUUACUAACAUGCCUCAACCCAUAUUUCAGUGUUUUUGAGCAGUGAUGUUAACAUUUUCAGGUUCAGUCUGUUUGCACAAUGUGCACAAUCCCAGCUAUGUGUGUGUCUCUGAUGUUGUAUUUUUUUCAAGAUAAACCCACAUCACUAUUGACAGAUGAGACAAAUCUAAAGUGAGGACAUGAUGCUAACUAUUGUUUGUACAAGGGUAAGGUUAAUCCAAAGUUACUUCUCAACAUUUUAUGCUCAAUGCCAAAAGUCUGAUGUGGAAAAUUAUACCUUUCUCUGUUUUUUUGUGCAAGUUACAAGCAGAGUAACAGAGUAGUGAGUUUUGUGGUCAUUUUAGUUCUAGUUUUGUAAAGGUGAGAAUAAUCUCCCUAGGUGGUUAAUUAACUCACGAGCAGAAAUGAUAUAACGCUGUUAAAAGCAAUAUGAGUUCACACUCUAGGAAGUCUCCAAGAGGGGUUACAGCAUAUACUUUCUCAUCAUUUUAAAAUUAAUUGUAUGCUUACCCAACCAUCUCCUGUCUCUGGCCCAAAUGUGCAAGGCAAAGGUGUACAAAGGACUUGAGUUGCAUCUUCAAGCUCUUGGGAAGAAAGUCGACAAAUUUAAUACUCCAAUACUAAGAUUAAAAGGCAAUAACAGGAGAAACAGGUGAAGAUCUUCAAAUGAAAAGCACUACAGUUUUAAAGUAUGUGUGUUGUGUUUAAUUUCUGCCUUUACCUUUUUUAACUAAAAGCUUCAGCCUUUCAUUAUGUGUGAGGAAUUAACAAGCAAGUGUGCUCACAUUUUUCUGCAGCCAGUUUUGUCAGAAACGAGUUCUGUGUGUUUUUGUAUUUAUUUUUUAAAUAAAAUUU